UACGCGAACAUUUAUUUAUUAUGAUAUUGAUUGAGCGUCAAAAAGGACAGAGGAAUAAGUGCGCUUUAAAAUUUUAACCCCAUUUUUACGAAACAUAACAAAGAAAAGGAAGACAUUGUAAACCAAACAAAGUGUACACGUACGUUAUAUAUUGUUUUUAUUAGUGACUAAUUUGAUGUUAUUGGCCUUAUAACGCAAAAUGCUGAAGUGUUAUUAGUAUUCGAGCCAAUGCUCGCUCCCGAAAAGAAUAUAUAAGUAUAAGUACGGCAACCCAAAAUGAAAGAUUAAUAACACAUGAUUUAUAUAAUUUAUUUCAUGAUUUUAUGCAUAAAUUAGAUUUUCAAUUUGCUAUAUCCCCCUAUAUCAAUUAAAGUCACAAGAUUUUUGCGCUUUGGAGACAUUCAUUCAUUUCAGGAAACAAUAAAUUAUUUAAGUAUAAAAAUUCUUUUGUGCAGCAACAACUUACUUAGUUUUGAAUAGAAACUACAUGGAAACUAAAAUCUUGCUCAACAUAAUAUUCAUCUUUUUCCCAUACACUUAUAUAUAUAUUGAUUUAUUAGAAAUUUGAUCAUAUAUAUAUUUCCGGAAUUUAUGGCUAACGUUUGCAACACCUAGAAGGAAGAAUCAGGAGCUCUAAUCAUAAUUAAGUUCUGAAUCAAUCUAUGCAUGAUCGUGAUGAACAAAUACCCAAUCGCAAAAGAUUAAAUAUCGAGUUUAAGUCUAAAAAGAUCUUGCGCGCAGUUUAUUAAUAACGCAAGUUGAACAAGAAUUUUCACUCUUUAAAAUGAUUAUGAAAGUUCCUUCAAGCGAUUGGUCUGACCAAUUCGAACAAUAUGUAGUGGAAGAGGAAUCUGAUAACGAUUUAGAUGAUGAACAAGAUUUCUCUGAGUACUUAUGGAUGGAAAACGAAGAAGAGUUCGACAAAAUAGAAUUACAGCGUCUUGAAGAAGAGGAAUUGAUGAAAGAGUGCAUAGACGCCAUGUUGGAAGACGAAUUGGAAACACAACUAUGUGAGUGGCAAAAAGCCAGGAAUGAAGAACUGAAUGCGGCACUCUCUUCACUUUCAGUUACUAGUAGAAACACACUGGCCGUCAAUUCUUUGCUGAAUCCUUUGGCUGACGAGUUUAUUCCUCGCAGCCGUUUAUUUAUAGAUCUGGGAACAUCGUAAUUCGAUAUAGGUUUUCCUCUGUAUCUUCAGAGAAUGUCCUCUUCAAAACUCUAAAAUGAUUAUAUGACCUGCUUGUUGCCAUUUUCCCAAGUAGUAAUAUCAAUUUUAAUAAAAUCUGGAAUAUAUUUAUACAAACAUUUCAGGACAACAAGCUUCAUAAAAACAAACUUAAAAAAAUUGUUUCCCAGACAUAUUUUUAAAAUUAUCUCAGUUUAUUUGUGUAUGUAUGUAUUUUAAGAUUUGUUAACAAAUAAUAAGUGACAAGAGUGUCCAUGUUCAUUGGUCUCUUAUAGGCAAAUGUGGUUACUCUCUGUGUGAUUUCUUUUAAUCCUUUAAUGUGAUAUACGUAUUUAGAACACAACUGUACUUGAUAAAUAUGUAAGUGUCAUUUCAUAGAGGGACGAUAAUUAGUCAUCUGAGCCUCUACUGUCUGACAAUGGAAAAACACGAUAAAUAAUCUUAAUGGCGACAGAGCAGUGUUAAAAUCAUAAGUGUUCUCUAAAUAUGGCUUUUCUGUUAUCGUUUCUGAUAAAUAUUUGUAAAAUUUUGUUUGUAUUCAAAAAAAAAUAAAUAAAUAAAAAAAUAAAAUAAAAAUAUAUGCUAUCUAAUCCACGUCUUUUAGUUUAACGUAAUUUGGUAAUAAGCAAAAUCUGUCGGUGCAGUUGCAAAAAUCUGAUAGAUGCCUAAAGCAGAAGUCUUCGAUGGAAAUAAAUUAGAAGGAACAAUGUGUAAUGAUGAGCAUAUCGGACAGAGUAACAAAUUCUAG